UUUUGUAUUUAUUUACUUAUUUAUGGACUGUAAUUUCAUUUUCCGAUAAAGUAUUAUACAUAAGGAUCAUAGUCCUUUCUAUUUUUCAGUUUUGGUAAUUUGGCUGGGUUUGAAGAGCCCACAACCUCAUGCUUGCAAUUUGGGUGCCUUCAACACGAGCUAUCAACUUGAACCCCCGUUGUUUCGGACUUAUAAUUUUCAAAUUUGCAGAAACAGGGGUCUCUUAUUUUUGAGAGAAAUAUGUUUUUUUGAAAAAAAAUUUAUGUACAGUUCUGAUCGAUCACGAUCAUAUGACCACAUACACAAACAAGCACACAGGGCUUUUAAUUUGAGAACCGCAAGAUGCACAAUGGGCGAUCCAAUUUCCAGUCAUAACCAGAGAUAUGAAUCAGCCACUACUCUGCUUAGACAACACACAGAAAUGGCUUGGCUUAAGAAUCCCUUUACAAAUUUUCCGUAGUAGUGAGGAUUAAGUUUAGAUAACACAGCUAAGUAAUCACAGAGGGUGUUUUAGGUGCACAUUGUCUACAUGGGAGAGAAGCACCAUGAAGAUCCCGAUGUUGUCCGGGACUUGCACCAUAGCGUACUCACAACACUGCUCGGCAGCGAAGAAGCAGCUCGGGAGUCAAUGGUGUACAGCUACAGACAUGGCUUUUCAGGCUUUGCUGCAAGGCUAACAGAAAAUCAAGCAAAGAUCCUUUCAGGCUUUGAAGGUGUGAUACGUGUGAUACCAAACCACAUGUACGAGCUACACACAACAAGAAGCUGGGACUUCCUUGGCCUCAGCCCCAAGUUACCAUCAACCCUUCUUCAUAAGGCCAACUCAGGUGACGGGAUCAUCGUAGGCGUUCUUGACACAGGAGUGUGGCCUGAGUCAGAGAGCUUCAAUGACAAGGGCAUGGGACCCAUCCCUGGCCGUUGGAAGGGAAUCUGCCAACCAGGCCAGCAAUUCAACUCAUCAAAUUGCAAUCGCAAGCUCAUCGGUGCUCGUUGGUUCGUCAAAGGGCUCGAAGCCGAGCUAGGAGAACCCGUGUCCACUGCUGACCCUACCGAGAUAGUGUCUGCUCGUGACAUUAAUGGCCAUGGCACACACUGUGCCUCCACAGCAGUGGGCUCUCCAGUAGCAUCCGCAACGUAUCGUGGGCUAGCGGUUGGAGUGGCCCGGGGUGGAGCACCGCUUGCUCGCCUUGCUGUGUACAAGUCCUUGUGGACGUUAGGCGGGUCCGCUGCAGACAUACUGAAGGCCAUUGACUAUGCCAUCCAUGAUGGGGUUGAUGUCCUGUCUAUUUCCCUUGGCAUUCGCACUCUACCCCUUUACUCUUAUGUGGACGAAGGUGACGGCAUAGCCAUUGGCGCAUUCCAUGCCAUGGCUCGAGGAAUCACGGUCGUAUGUUCAGCGGGAAAUGAAGGGCCUGAACCUCGAACAGUCAAGAACACUGCACCUUGGAUCAUAACAGUUGCUGCUAGCACCAUUGAUCGCGCAUUCCCCACUGCCAUCACUUUGGGGAACAAUCGUACAUUCUUGGGUCAGGCCAUGAAUACUGAGAAAACAUUGGAAGCAUUUGUUGGGUUGGAGGAAUCAAUGAACCUUGCUACAAAUAGUAGCUUUGGACCUCUAGCUAGGCGAUGCUUGAGUGGAUUUUUAAGGCCUGGGUCAGCUAAAGGGAAGGUUGUUCUCUGUUUCGCACCUAGCACUACCCAAGCAUCCCAAGCAGUUGCUUCAGCGGGGGGAAUAGGUGCCAUCUUUGUGCAACAAUCAAACAACCUCUUAACUCCAUGCACACCAAUUCCAUGCAUUCAAGUAGAUUACCAAGUUGGCACUCAGAUACUUUCUUACAUCCAAAAGUCCAGUUCUCCAGUGGUGAAGAUAAGUCAUUCAAACACAUUAAUAGGAAGCAUAAAAUCACCCAAAGUGGCCAUCUUUUCCUCACGAGGACCCAAUUCCUUAUCUCCAGCUAUUUUAAAGCCAGAUAUAACUGCUCCUGGGGUCUACAUUUUGGCUGCAGCACCAACGUCAGACUCGACAAGCGACAAGUUUGUAUUCAUGUCAGGAACCUCAAUGUCAUGCCCCCAUGUAGCCGGCCUAGUCGCUUUGCUCAAGUCUAUCUAUCCUAAUUGGUCUCCUGCUGCAAUAAAAUCCGCUCUUAUCACCACUGCAUCAACAAUAGACAAAAAUGAAGAGCCAAUGCUAGCAGAGGGAAGUCCCCGCAAGGUGGCCGACCCCUUCGACUACGGUGGUGGCCAUGUGAUCCCUAACCUAGCUGCUGAUCCCGGUCUCAUUUAUGACAUGGAUAUUUCUGACCAUAUCAUGUUCCUCUGUGCCAUGGGCUACAACAAUUCUGCCAUCUCAUUCGUCGCCUCAGAAAAAAUCUCCUGCCCUAAGGAGCCCCCCUCAAUACCAAAUCUAAACCUACCCUCUAUUGUAAUUCCUGAGCUUAAAACUUCAGUGACCAUUACAAGAAAGGUUACCAAUGUGGGUGAGGUCCAAUCAGUCUACCAAGCUAUGGUUUUGUCUCCUACUGGUGUGAAAGUAGUAGUGGAACCUGCAGUUUUAUACUUCAAUAAUGCAACCAAAGUGCUUCCUUUCAAGGUGACCUUCACAGUGGUACACCAAAUGCAGGGGGACUAUACCUUUGGGAGUUUGAUUUGGAGUGAUGGCGAGCACUUUGUUCGUAGCCCGAUUGCUGUACGCAGGGUGAUGUACGACUCCUAUGCAGAUAUCUAUUAAAGUUCAACAAAUAUUCUUAACUAAGUGCUUUUUAAAAUAAGUUGUACCUCAAAAAUCUAUUCGAAAAUGUUACUCAAACACUGAAAAACCCUCAAAUUGAUCAUCUCGACCUCGAGUUGUAUGAACAUGAACAAAAAACUUUGAAGUCUUAAAAAUACUACAUCUUAUCUAGACGAUC